AACUUUGGACAAAAGAAAAAGAAAACGAAAGUGUGACGUGUUUUCAGCGUCACGUCAUCGACCGCUGCUGUGAUCACGGUGAUUUAUACUGAGUUCAUCAUUAUUAUACACUGUCCUAUUUGUCUUCCUCCAGAACACCUGCCCUCCUCCUCAUCCUCCUCCCCCCGGGGACACGCCCCCCCCAUCCAUCCAUCCAUUCAUCCAUCCUUUCCUCCACCCUCCUUUUGUUUGUGUCACUGCUGUUUUUCCUUUUUUCAUCCCUCCUUCUCCCUGUUUGGUCCUGAAUGGCGGCCAAUGGGAGGCUUGUCAUCCUCACGCACACGCGCACUCUCUCACGCACACGCAGCGGUAGGGGCAGUAGCAGCGCAGAGACUGAAGCUGCUGCAGCGGAACAAACGGGCGAAGCGCACCGCAGUGAACGGAUACACUCCCGAUCCAAAACCGGCCAAAAACCUCAGAACCGAACCGAACCGAGAGUCCUGCUCCGAACCCACACAAAUUAAAACUUCACGUCAGGAGGUCCUGAAACGGGUCGUGAACUGGACUGCUUCUGACAGCAUGAGGUCUGCUUCAAACCUCUGACCUCUGACCUUAAGACGCUCAACCCAAACCACUGAGGGUGGACAGACCAGGACCAGGACCAGGAGACAGACUGGUGUCAGUGCUGCGUCAUGGACCGGAGAAAGGUUUACAUCCUGAUGACUCUGUGGGUCGUGGCCCACCUCGGCUCUCCAGGGUCAGGCCUCAGGGCCCUGAGACGGACUACCGUGGGACGGAGAGGAUCUGGGGGACUGACAGGUCAGGACGCUAACGGAGUACCGCUACGACGGUCCAAACGGGGCUGGAUGUGGAACCAGUUCUUUUUGUUGGAGGAGUACACUGGGACGGACAUGCAGUACGUCGGAAAGCUUCAUUCUGACGGUGACCGUGGAGACGGAAGCAUCAAGUACGUCCUCACCGGUGAAGGAGCCGGAACUCUCUUCAAGAUUGAUGAAAAGUCGGGCGACAUCCACGCCACCAAGAGGCUGGACCGGGAGGAGAAGGCCUACUACAUCCUGCACGCUAAAGCCGUGAAUCGCUUAACCAACGUGGCUCUAGAGGGCGACUCUGAGUUCAUCAUCAAGAUCCACGACAUCAACGACAACGAGCCGCGCUUCACCAAAGACGUGUAUCUGGCCCAGGUCCCGGAAAUGUCCGAAAUUGGAACGUCGGUUAUUCAGGUGACGGCAACUGACGCCGAUGACGCCACCUAUGGAAACAGUGCCAAAGUGGUGUACAGCAUCGUGGAGGGACAGCCGUACUUCUCUGUGGACCCAGAAACAGGCUUGAUCAAGACGGCUUUGUACGGCAUGGACCGAGAGGUUAAAGAAAACUACCAGGUGGUGAUCCAAGCCAAAGACAUGGCCGGACAGAUGGGGGGCCUCUCAGGAACCACCACGGUCAGCAUCACACUCUCCGAUGUCAACGACAACCCACCACGCUUCACCAAGAGUGAGUACAUUCACCUGAAGAUGUCUUCCUUUCUCUGCAAAUACACACAAUCAGACUGACCAAUCAGGUCAAGUGAAUAUUUUGUGU